AUGCCCAACGAUUUACCCUUGUUACCACCUAAAAACCAACACAAACACUUGGAUAAAACUAUGAUCUCACUUCCAUCCGAUUUCAGACACUUGGCUCAUGUCAGCCCAAUGGGAGCAUCUGAAAUCGAGAAUCUUCGAAACAGUGAGAACGUAAUCGAUGCGGUCAAUGAAGGAAGUUAUUACGUUAAACCGUCAUCUUCCAAUGGAACUAUUCGGUCACAAAAGAAAGAGAGAGUUGGUCUUGAUGACGCGUUCCCUGCUCCAAAUCAAGAUGACGUGUCAAAUGUGAGAGGGUACGAGAAUCAGCCGACUUCCCAUCAAUACAUCAAUGUUGCUCCACCCAGACCAAGUAGAAAAAAUUAUAAAGCACCACCUCCGCCAACACCUCCGCCAAAAGAUACGAAACCAAAUCUCAUCCCGGAUGCCGAAGCUUCUGAUCCUCCCGUCGUGUUUCGAUCAAUUUCUAAAAGUUCCCAUGUUUCCGAACCACUCCCGUCUCCAAAAAUCCACACCCCUGAAAGAAUUGAAGCACCAAAACCGUAUUCAGUUGUGAUCGAGAGACCUGGAAAUUUGGGCGUAGCAUUCAGUUUUGGCUUGGAUGAUUGUAUUCCAAUUAUGAAUAAUACGUCUCCACUGAAAACACUUUCUCCAUUACAUCGAACUCUAGCGAUUCCAAGACCAAACGUAGAAACUCCAAUCCUCUCACCAUCAAGUCCUCCGAAUUAUCAAGAUGGAAAUUAUAUGUCAACUAUAAGAAGUACUUCUGCUCAAGGAAAGAAGAUUUUGGAUGAAUUAGAUGAUUGGUUGGAUGAUUUAGAUGACGAUGAUAGAGAACAACUAUCUACAAUUAGUACAGAUGAAAGUGGAUAUCCGACUCUCGCUCAUGAAAAAGAUCGUGUUUUUAUGAAACAUUUAGUAGAGAAAUAUGAACUAGGAGUCGAACCAGAGACUGUUCGAUUGAGAAGAAAAAAGGGUCCAGCACCACGUCUUCCACCAGAAGCUCUCUCUUCUCCAACGUUCCAAGCACCUUCAAUUCCUCCAUUCUCAGCUUCUCGUCCAGUUAGUAUGCCUCCAAAUCGUCCACCACCGUCAUACGAUGCACCAAGUUUUGAUGCUCCAGUCUAUGAACCAAGUGGGUUAAUCAACGGAAGAAAUCUAACAAAACAAAAUGCUCUGGAUCUUCGUUCAAGUGACGAAGGAGUUUCUCCAGUUAUGGCAAGAUUUUUGUUCGAUAAAAGAAUCAAAUCUGCGACAAUGCCGAUGUCAAUUGGUAGAAUGACAACGUCAUCCGGAUUCACUGAUCUCUCCACCACGUCAACUAGGUCAGAUGCAGUAUCAAGUGUUCUGUCGGCUUUGGACGAAGAUCCUGUGGAAGUUCUGAAGAGAAAUGAGGAAAUCGAAGAGCAAUUCCCGCCAGUUCCGAAACCAAGAACUAGAAAAACUGUCUCAACGGAACCGACAAUGAUAGAAGAGGGUGUUGAAGAAGAAGAGAUGAAAAGAGAAAACGUGAUUGGGGAGGAGUUUGAAGUGAUCGAAACGUCGAUGGUUGUGGAUUCACAAAUAGAAAAUGGACGAAAAGAAGAGAUUACGAGAAAGUUUGAAAAAAAAGAAGAGGUGGAGAUGAAGAAGAAAGAAGAAAAGAUCUCUCACCUUCAAAUCACUGAAAUCCCUUCAGAUUCUGAAUCUGAAAUUGAUGUCCACGACGAGCUCAUUGUGACCCGAUUCUAG